CACGAUCUGUCUCUAUUAUUAAUAAGCAUCCUUUGAAACCCAUUACACUCACAAACACCAAACAAACAAAAAAAGAAAUCAAACACAAAAAAAAAAGGAACAAUGGCGUUUUGUUCUUCUCCUUCUUCCCCCAAACUUACGGUAAAAUCGCCGUCGCCGAGAUCUUCGCUUUUUCCGGCGUUCCUCCGCCGCAACUCCCGGGAUCUCCGGCGUACGAUUCUCCGCACAUCGUACGACCCGUCCAUACGUUGUCUAAGGCUAACGACCAAAGGCGCGAGAACCGCCGUCGAUGAGACAGCACAGAAAUCAUCCUCCACGGUCGGAUCGUCACCGUACGAACAAGAGGAAGGACAAAACACAGUAUACCGUCCAAAGAUCCUCGUGGCCGAGAAGCUCGGAGAAGCCGGAGUCAACCUCCUCCGUGAAUUCGCGGACGUUGACUGUUGCUACAACAUGUCGGAAGACCAACUCAAGGAAAAAGUGAAGGAGUGCGAGGCGGUGAUAGUGAGGAGCGGGACGAAGGUGACGAGGGAGGUGUUCGAGGCGGGGAGGGGGAGGCUGAAGGUGGUGGGGAGGGCCGGCGUGGGGAUCGACAACGUGGAUCUUCAGGCGGCCACGGAGUUCGGGUGUUUGGUGGUCAAUGCCCCGACGGCCAACACCGUGGCUGCCGCCGAGCACGGCAUCGCCCUCCUCGCGUCCAUGGCACGUAACAUCGCCCAGGCCGACGCCUCCCUUAAAUCUGGAAAAUGGCAGAGGAACAAGUACGUCGGAGUAUCCAUGGUCGGCAAGACAUUGGCGGUGAUGGGAUUCGGCAAGGUCGGCUCGGAGGUCGCCAGACGAGCCAAGGGUCUCGGCAUGAACGUCAUCGCACACGACCCUUACGCUCCUGCCGAAAGAGCUCGAGCCGUCGGCGUCGACCUCGUCUCCUUCGAUCAAGCCAUUUCCACCGCUGAUUUCAUCUCCCUCCACAUGCCUCUCACUCCCGCGACCAAGAAGGUCUUCAAUGACCAGACCUUCUCCAAGAUGAAGAAAGGUGUUCGUCUCAUCAAUGUCGCCAGAGGCGGGGUCAUCGAUGAGGACGCCCUCGUUAGGGCUCUCGAUUCGGGGAUUGUGGCUCAGGCAGCUCUGGAUGUGUUCUGUGAGGAGCCACCAUCCAAAGACAGCAAGUUAGUUCUACACGAAAAUGUCACUGUAACACCUCAUCUCGGAGCCAGCACAAAGGAAGCACAGGAAGGUGUGGCUAUUGAAAUAGCAGAGGCAGUGGCAGGGGCAUUGAAGGGCGAGUUAUCAGCUACAGCCGUCAACGCUCCUAUGGUUGCACCUGAGGUCUUGUCUGAACUGGCGCCUUACAUUGUCUUGGCUGAGAAGCUCGGAAGGCUGGCAGUACAAUUGGUAUCUGGAGGCACCGGGAUACAAGCCGUCAGGGUCGUGUACAAGACGGCUCGUGACCCAGAUGAUUUAGACACCAGACUUCUCCGUGCAAUGAUCACGAAGGGGAUCAUCGAACCGAUAUCGUCCGCGUAUGUCAACCUGGUGAAUGCUGAUUUCACAGCCAAGCAAAAGGGCCUUCGUAUCAGUGAGGAACGUGUGGUUGUGGACUCAUCCCCAGGAAAUCCCGUCGAUUCCAUCCAAGUUCAGAUCCUGAAUGUGGGGUCGAAAUUUGCCGCGGCUGUUUCAGAUUCCGGGAACAUAAGCAUCGAGGGGAGGAUCAAAUACGGAAUCCCACAUUUAACAUGCGUUGGAUCAUUCGGAGUGGAUGUGAGUCUCGAGGGGAAUUUGAUAUUGUGCAGGCAGGUGGAUCAGCCGGGAAUGAUAGGACAGGUCGGUAACAUACUGGGAGAGCGGAACGUGAACGUGAGUUUCAUGAGCGUGGGAAGAACAGUGGAAAGGAAACACGCCAUAAUGGCGAUUGGAGUAGACGAAGAGCCAGGCGACAAAGCGCUUCAGGAAAUCGGGGGUGUCUCCGCCAUUGAGGAAUUCGUUUUUCUCAAGCUGUAAGGAGAAGAGUCUGGUUAGUCUCUACCGAGUUGUCUGCUUAGGUCUACCAGAAAGGUGGUUGGAAUCUUGAGAAUAAACCGGGACCCGAGUCGGUGGUCUUUCCUAGAUCUAGAGGAGAGUUUGUGGUGUGUAGUGGAAAGCUGGCGAAGUCGCUUCGUUCUCUUUCUUCUGUCUUUGUGUUGCAUCUCAUUUGAGGUUGUCUUUUUUCUGUUUAGUGCUUUGAGCAACGUAGUUUUGAUUUUCUAUGUUGUCCUAAUCACCAUUCUUAGAGAUUCGUCAUUCUUGAGGAUGGACGUUACAUAACGGAUUUAAACUGAA